AUGGCCUCAAUCUCGAGGGAUAAUGCAAGGACACAUCUUGCAAAGCUUACAAUCAACUUCAAAUCGUUCGCCACGGCACUUACAAGUUUCCUGCGGAACCUCAUCUCAGUAUAUGCAAACUAUGCAAGAAACAAGUCGAACCCACCACCUGUGGGCUCACAAAUACCCUCUGGAAAAAAUUCUACUACUUGGGAGCGCGCAGAAAUUGAUGAAUACGUAACAUUUGGAAAUGCGAGCAUCUCCGAAGAUGUAGGAGUACAAUGGCUGAAACUAAAGAUCACAACCGUACGUCUCUGGCCGCCUUCUAACUCUAAUUAUCGAUACAGUUGA